UAUAUUGUCUGUCUUUUGAACUGUAUAGGUCAAAAUGCAAAUCUUCGUGAAGACUCUGACCGGCAAGACCAUCACCCUGGAGGUGGAGCCCAGUGACACCAUCGAGAAUGUGAAGGCCAAGAUCCAGGAUAAAGAAGGCAUCCCUCCUGACCAGCAGAGGCUCAUCUUUGCGGGCAAGCAGCUGGAAGAUGGUCGCACUCUUUCUGAUUACAACAUCCAGAAAGAGUCGACCCUGCACCUGGUGCUCCGUCUUAGGGGUGGUAUGCAGAUCUUCGUGAAGACCCUGACCGGCAAGACCAUCACCCUGGAGGUGGAGCCCAGUGACACCAUCGAGAACGUGAAGGCCAAGAUCCAGGAUAAAGAAGGCAUCCCUCCUGACCAGCAGAGGCUCAUCUUUGCGGGCAAGCAGCUGGAAGAUGGCCGCACUCUUUCUGAUUACAACAUCCAGAAAGAGUCGACCCUUCAUCUGGUUCUGCGUCUUAGGGGUGGUAUGCAGAUCUUCGUGAAGACCCUGACCGGCAAGACCAUCACCCUGGAGGUGGAGCCCAGUGACACCAUUGAGAAUGUGAAGGCCAAGAUCCAGGAUAAAGAAGGCAUCCCUCCUGACCAGCAGAGGCUCAUCUUUGCAGGCAAGCAGCUGGAAGAUGGCCGCACUCUUUCCGAUUACAACAUCCAGAAAGAGUCGACCCUGCACCUGGUUCUGCGUCUUAGGGGUGGUAUGCAGAUCUUCGUGAAGACCCUGACUGGCAAGACCAUCACCCUGGAGGUGGAGCCCAGUGACACCAUUGAGAAUGUGAAGGCCAAGAUCCAGGAUAAAGAAGGCAUCCCUCCUGACCAGCAGAGGCUCAUCUUUGCGGGCAAGCAGCUGGAAGAUGGCCGCACUCUUUCUGAUUACAACAUCCAGAAAGAGUCGACCCUGCACCUGGUGCUCCGUCUGAGGGGUGGCUAGAUACAGAUCUUUGUGAAGACCCUGAUGGGCAAGACCAUCACCCUCAAGGUCGAGCCUGGUGACACUAUUGAGAAUGUCAAAGCUAAAAUCCAAGACGAGGAGGGCAUCCCACCUGACCAGCAGUGUCUGACUUUUGCCGGCAAACAGCUGGAGGACGGCCGCACUCUCUCAGACUACAAUAUCCAGAAAGAGUCCACCCUGCACACGGUGCUUCGCCUGCGGGGUGGCAUCAUCGAGCCUUCCCUCCGUCAGCUCGACCAGAAAUACAGCUGCGACAAGACGAUCUGCCCCAAGUGUUAUGCUCGCCUGCAUCCCCGCGCUGUCCACUGCUGCAAGACGAAGCGCGGCCAUGCCAACAACCUGCGCCCCAAGAAGGUCAAAUAAGGCCCCGCCUCUGGC